AUGGCAGAGAAGAGGGAGAAGAGGGAGAAGAGGGAGAAGAAGGGAGAGAAGGGAGAGAAGGGAGAGAAGGGAGAGAAGGAAGAGGAAGAAAAGGAAGGAAAGGAAGGAAAGGAAGGAAAGGAAGGAAAGGAAGGAAAGGAAGGAAAGGAAGGAAAGGAAGGAAAGGAAGGAAAGGAAGGAAAGGAAGGAAAGGAAGGAAAGGAAGGAAAGGAAGGAAAGGAAGGAAAGGAAGGAAAGGAAGGAAAGGAAGGAAAGGAAGGAAAGGAAGGAAAGGAAGGAAAGGAAGGAAAGGAAGGAAAGGAAGGAAAGGAAAGAAAGGAAGGAAAGGAAGAAGAGGACAGGAUAGGAGAAGAGAAAUUCCGUCUAGGUAGUCAGAGUUAUUUGCUCUCUCUUUCUAACAGUUGUCAAGCCAACACUUCUCUUUUUUACAAGUUGAAAUGA